AUGGCACAGCUCGAAAGUAGACAACACUGGCAUAGUGACAACACUAGCAUUCAGUCAGGUAGCAACAGUCACAGCAACAAUAAUCUCGAAUUCACGAUUUCCAAGGUGGUCGAGAUCCUUGUGGAAGAUUUCAUUGCACCUCUCUUGUGUUUUGGCUCGAACUUUCGCAGCUACGACAAGAGCAAGGCGCGUCGUCCUGAUGGAAAGAGUCGAUCGUUCUCUCGACAGGCCAAGUCGCUACUGACGGAAGACGAAAGCACGGUUGCGUCCACGGAUGUCGAUUCCUACAAUCAAGAGGAGAGCGUUGAUACGAGAGAUUAUAAUGCAAGGCUAACACAAGAGAGAAUAAUAUUCGAUCAUGAAUCCAUGAGUGAUGAGCUGACAGACUUUCGAUCCUUGACCUCUCUGAGACGAAGACUAACACAGGACGAGGAUGACGAGGAAGAUCACAGAGACGUUGUGGGAUACAGAGAGGAUCCUCUUCUAGAACAUGAAGAGCUCCGAAACGAACUUCGAACCAUCCGGCAACAGAGCUCGAGACUCCAAAAUGAAAAUACUAACUUGCGACGGUUGUAUGAAACUUCCAAACUCUCGCACAACGUUCAAGAAUCAGUCAACCAAAGGCUCAAGUCCAAGAAUCAACUGUUACACAAAGAAGGGAAAACACUACAGCUAGAGUUGGACGAAAUGAAGGGCCAUGUCGAAACUCUAAGGCUUGAACAAAGUAUAAUCGAAAAGCAAAUGAUGCGAAAGCAAUAA